GCGGCAGAUCGGGGCCGGGCUGGGCAGAAUGUGAUGUUUUCCUGGGAACACGUGGAGAUGCCAUAACAUGGUGUGCUGGAGCCAGAGGUGGCACCAGGAGCGUGUGUUGGCCUGAGCUCUCCCAAGGAAAGAGGUGAAAAUGGCCGCAGAAGAGAAGUGGAAAAGUUGGAUUUCAAAACAGCAUAAGGAGGCUGAGCAGUCAGGGGAGAAGGAGCCAUGUGUGGUCCUGGGUCAGCAACUGGGAGAGCUGGGAAGAUUUGCCUAUGCAGCACUUUGUGGUGUGUCUCUUGCCUUGCUGCUCCCUGAAAAUGAGCAAAGCUCCUUCAGGACAGAAUUUAUUGAGGGCUUUGUGAAAUGGCUGGACCUGCCCGUCACUGUCCUGCCUGCCAUGACAGCCUUUGCUGGUGGCUUAGGAGGUGAGGGCACAGAAACUUUCACAGAGAUUUUGCUGAAGGAUCCCGUCCUGGAAGAAAAUCCUGCCAUCAUUAUCCAGGACCUUCUAUCCUUCUCUCUUCGAGAUGGGUACUACGAUGCUCGAGCCAGGGUAUUGAUCUGCCACAUCAGCCUGCUGCUGAAAAUCUCCUUGGAGGAGCUGGAAGUCCUGGAGGAAUCUCUGCUUGAGAGCCUGAAGGACCAAAAAGACAAAGAGUCAGAAACCGCAGAAGUCUCAAGAAAAAAGAAGGAAAGAAGGGAAAAGCUGAAGAGGUACCUGCUGAUCGGUCUGGCAACCGUUGGUGGUGGAACAGUGAUAGGUUUGACAGGGGGUCUGGCUGCCCCUCUGGUUGCUGCAGGAGCUGCCACGAUCAUCGGGAGUGCUGGAGCAGCUGCUUUGGGAUCAACUGCUGGGAUUGCUGUCAUGGCAUCCCUUUUUGGAGCAGCAGGAGCUGGUCUUACUGGAUACAAGAUGAAGAAACGUGUGGGAGCCAUUGAAGAGUUUGAAUUCCUCCCACUUACUGAAGGGAAGCAGCUUCAUAUCACCAUAGCAAUUACUGGAUGGCUGUGUGCUGGCAAAUAUGGGAGCUUCACAGCACCAUGGAGCAGCAUGUUGCAGUCAAGUGAGCAGUACUGCCUGGCCUGGGAAUCCAAGUACUUGAUGGAGCUUGGCAAUGCCUUGGAUUCCCUGCUGAAUGGUUUUGUGAACAUGAUGGCUCAAGAAGCCCUAAAAUUCACUGUCUUGUCAGGGAUUGUGACGGCCUUGACGUGGCCAACUUCACUCCUGACUGUUGCCAGCGUCAUUGACAACCCCUGGGGAGUGUGUCUGCACCGGUCUGCUGAAGUAGGCAAACACCUUGCACAUAUCCUGCUCAGUCGACAGCAGGGGAAGAGACCUGUCACACUGAUUGGCUUCAGUCUGGGUGCAAGAGUCAUUUACUUCUGUCUGCAGGAAAUGGCUCAAGAGAAAGAAUCCCAGGGGAUCAUUGAAGAUGUCAUUUUACUGGGAGCUCCAGUGGAAGGAGAAGCCAAGCACUGGAAAGCUCUCACCAAAGUGGUGUCAGGCAGGAUCAUAAAUGGUUACUGCAGCAGGUUUUAGGGAUGCUGGAUGUGCACAGCACUUACGGUAUUUCUUCACAUGCAUCACAAAAAAGCAAUUGCUGCCUCCCUGGGAGUGUUCUGAGUUCCUCCAAGAAGCCAUAAAUGAUAGAAAUUGUUGCAUAUAACUUGCAUAUAAGCUUACCCAGCAAAUAUUGUUCUUCCCUGCAUCCUACAAAAAUCAAUUUCACUGCAAAAAGCUCAGUGUAUUCAUUUCCUAUAACACACAAAAAAAGGAAUAAAAUAGUAUGUGUGUGUCUAGCCCUGUGUGUGGUAAUUUGGCACGUCCAGAUCUUGGGUGUUGAGUGAAAAGUGACGUAGAAAUUGUAGCUGGUUGCUCACACCUGGGAAGAAGCAGGUAAGGAGACUGUCAGGAAAUAUUCCACUAUGCAGGUUCUCUACCUUUCCCUCAGAUACUGAAUUUGGGGGUUAUCCAGGAAGCAUGAGGGAGAGCUAGAGGAGGGAACUGAGAGAUAUGGGGUAUUUCUGUGAGGAUUGAGAUAUGAAAUAAGUAUUAUACAAAUAGUUCUUGGUAAUACCUCCGCUGAUUCUGAUUUCUCUGGUCUCUCCCUUAUACAAAGGGUGGCCUCAUUCUGUCACUUCAGGAGUAACUCUGUUUAGAUGAAUUACACUGAAUACAACUCCUGCAAGAUCAGAUUUGAGCCCAGUUGGUCGAGUUUCAGUCCAGUAUAACUUGUCUCCUUGGGCUUUGAAGUCUGAAGGGACGGGGCAAGUGAAAACCAGCUGUCAGAGCUGUCCCCUCUUAUUUCACAGUGGGGCUACAAAUUCCUAGUGGGAAACCUCACCCAAAGUAGUUGGACUCACUCAGUUUUUGGAAGAACCCAGGGCUGAGCAGCAUGGAGGUGUUGUAAAAGUUUUGCAUAGCUCUGCAUAGACUUACAACUCCUGGUGUAGAGUUUGGGAGUGAACAAGCAGACAUGGGCAUGUGUGCAGGAGCAUUUCACCUGCUGCCAUCAAAGAGGACAAAUCCCACUCAUAUCUCACUUGAAUCUACCCUAUAGUGGCAUUGAGGUGCCCAGAUUUUAUGAUCUUGCUCAGCAUAGUGAUGUGAUUCCAAAGGAUGCUUUGCCUUGUCUCCUUGUGCCACAGUCUACCCUGACACUGUCACAGUGACUUAUGGCACUGCUUUAGAGUGGGAACAAACCCUGCCUGGUCCUGUCACUGAAACCAUGUGUUUCCACAGUACCUGUAAAUCAGGAGCACUCCCAGAAGCCUCACAGUCAGUAUUUAUGUCACAACAUCAGUAUUGUAGAUCUCAUCACCUUUACAGCUGUCUACAGGCUGGAGAACUUCUGCCUAUUAGUACAUUAAAAGGAUGAAAUAUUUCAGUAUACUGCAAUCUCUAAGCCAAUACAGAAAUAGAUAGAAAGGUCAGAUUAUUAAACCUGUUGCAGGAAAUGAGACUUCACCCAGGAGUCAGGGUCAAAUUCAGACUUAUUUACGCUCCUGUGUCCCAGGAACCUGCCCUGAAUCUGGCAGGUGAUUGCUGAUGAGAUUCCUGCAUCACAUGGAGCUGCAGUAGGUCUUGGUUCAGACAUCACUGUGCUUCCAACCCUUCUCUCCUUGUGGUCUGAGUAGUAACACAUUGAAAGUGUUCUAGGCUAAGCUGGACAAGGUUUGGAGCAACCUGGUCUAGUGGAAGGGGUCCCUGCCCAUGGCAGGGGGUGGAGCGAGAUGAGCUUUAAGGUCCCUUCCAAUACAAACUGUUCUAGGGUUCUGUGACUCUGCAUUGCAUUGAUUGGACAACAGGAUUUAUUCCCUCUCUUCUCUGCUCCUAGGGGGGAUUGGCUGCUGAGCUUUGUGUACAGAACCUCCUCUGUCCAGCUCAACGUUGCAGGACUCCAGCCAGUUGACCUGGAUGACAGGAGGAUGGUAAACAUGGACCUUUCC